AUGCGUUCUUUCUCAAUUAUCCUCUUAUCUCUACAGACUGCGGCUGCAUGGCAGCUGCCCCAUCCAGCUCUCAUAAAUUCCCCUCAUCGCCAGCAGGUGCCUUUGGCGUUCCAUGACGACGAUGAUAUCGAUAUUUUCGGUGCCGAUUCUCUCGCAGGCUUAAGAACUUUUGCCAAUCUUCCCUACGUCAAUUGCUUUUCGGAAGAAGAUAUCAAGAGCCAGAGAUACGAUAUCGCUGUUUUUGGUGCCCCUCAUGAUACUACAACAACAGGUCGACCGGGCGCUCGGUUUGGUCCGCCAGCCAUUCGAACUGGCAGCCAAAGGAAGGGUCCUGGGAAUUGGGAUUUUUACACUGGUCGGAGCCCCUUAGACAGCUGGGCCACAGUGGUUGACUGCGGCGAUGCUCGUCUUACUUGGUUAGACAAUACCGUUUCCUUAAAGCGUCUAGAUAAGGCCCACAAGGUUAUCUCGGGUCGACCGGCGGCGAAUUCGUCGGUGUCUUCCACCCCGAGAAUUUUGACACUUGGAGGUGAUCACACAACAACCCUCUCCGCUCUGAGAUCAACUUAUGAGAGAUGGGGCCCAGUCUCUGUGAUUCAUUUUGACAGCCAUAUUGACACGUGGGACCCUGCAGUUCUUGGUAAGUCUAUUGCCUCCGAGUCGCCAUAG